AUGGCGAUGGUUGAAGAGUGUUACGCUGAUGAUGAAGAGGAUGAGCUGGUUGGCUUUGGAUUUAGUCCUUCAGAAGAAGAGCUCAUACGCGAUUACCUUCUCUACGCAGAAAAGCCAUGGCAGCUUAAUCACACAAAGAAUAAUAUCUUUAAACCUAACGAGUGGUUUUACUUUGUGAAACGGAACCGCAAAGUAAAAGGUUGGAAAGACACUGGAGGGUUGAAAUAUGUAAAUGUCGUGUCGAGAAAGACCGGUAGAGUGAUUGGGAAGAAGAGGAAUCUCAGCUUCUACGUCAAGAGCAAACCGAGUGGUUGGACCAUGACUGAGUAUUCUUCAUUCAUCUAUGAACAAAUCCUUCCGAAACCAAGUUCUCUGCCACCACCUCAAAGGACCAUGAUCAUUCUGCUUGGUGAAUCUCAAAGAAUGAUUAUGGAAGACGAUAGCUUUGCUUCUCUUUAUUUUUAA